UCGCGCCUUUCUUUUCACACCGGCAUCUCGCGGGCAGCCAGAGCGAGGAGAAAAAUGUCUGGGAAGAGUUUCAGAGUGAGCGACGGAGACUGGAUCUGCCCCGAUAAGAAGUGUGGAAAUGUGAACUUUGCCAGAAGAACCAGUUGUAACCGAUGUGGGAGGGAGAAAACUACAGAGGCAAAGCUCAUGAAGGCUGGGGGAACAGAGAUUGGGAAGACCCUGGCUGAAAAGAGCAGAGGACUCUUCAGUGCUAACGACUGGCAGUGCAAAACCUGUGGUAAUGUCAACUGGGCCAGAAGAUCAGAGUGCAACAUGUGCAACACCCCUAAAUAUGCUAAACUUGAAGAAAGAACAGGAUAUGGUGGUGGCUUCAAUGAAAGAGAGAACUUGGUUUAUAAUGAACGAGAAGAAUCUGAUGGAGAAUAUGAUGAGUUUGGGCGUAUAAAGAAGAAGUUUCGUGGGAAAAACAAGAAAGAGGGUGAGACAAAAUCAGAACCAGAAAAGGAAAAAAAGGAUAAGGAUAAAGAUAAAGAGGAAGAUGAUGAAGACGAUGAGGACGAUGAUGAAGACGGAGAUCUUUCAAAAUACAAACUCGAUGAUGAUGAUGAAGAUGAUGAUGAUGAUGAUGAUGAUGAUGAAGAUGCAGAAGAUGCAGAUUUGUCCAAAUAUGACCUGGAUGCAAGUGACGAAUUAAAGCCUUCUGAGAAGAAAGGCAGUGGCUCAGGCUCCUCUCGUUCUUCCUCUCGUUCCUCCAGCUCGAGCUCACGGUCCAGGUCCAGAUCCCGUUCCAGGAGCUCCUCUGAUUCCAGAUCACGUUCUCGCUCGAGGUCUCGCUCGAGGUCUCGCUCAAGAUCCAGCUCCCGCUCAGGGAAAGGCUCAGCUUCCUCAAGAAAGAGAUCUCACACACCCUCACCAUCUCCUGAGAGAGGCCAGAAGAGGAGUCGCUCCAGGUCCUCCUCUGGUGGCCGCAAAAAAAGACGCUCUCGAUCGCAGUCGUCUGAAAGGCGCCGUGGCUCGUCUGGAUCCUCCCAUUCUGGCUCAAGCUCUCGAAAGAAAUAAUUCACAGAGGAAACUGUCUUAAACGCAGGGGAAAACAGUCUUUCUAUAACUGCAUGUUGUGUUCAGAAAAAAAAAUCACAAACUGCUAUUUCAAGUGUUAAUGUUGCAGUACUCCAAAUGUUUUUCUUCAUAAAUUCAAGUAACCGUAAUCUGCCUUUCUUAUUGUAUAGGCUAGCUCAACCCUUCACAAUGCACACCAGUGUAGAAGCCCGUGACGGUGGUUUUACAGACAAUAAUGGCACAUUUAUUAGUUAAUACAUUUUUGACAUACACCGACAAUGACUACUUUUGAAACAACGGUCAUCAGAUCGUUCCAUGAAUUAACUGAACUUUCACUCGUCAUAAAUACUAUAUAUUCACAGAUCCCACGUCUGGUCAGUCGAGACAGCCUUAAGUGAUAAAUUGGUGACAUGUUACUGACUCAGGUCUGUAACACAGUGGAUAGGCAUUUUGUUUUGUUUUUGUGUUCCUCUCUUCCUUUUUCUUUUUAAACCUUUUUUAAAAUGCUUCUAAUAGUUGUGAGGUACAGGUAAGUAUACUUAUUCUUUUUUUCGAAAAAUGUCUUUUUUUCAAAUCGAUUAAAUGCUAUAAAUUUUUUUUUUUUGGGUUCAUAUUUGAAUGUUGUUUUUGUGCAAAAGACCAGAGAUCAUGAUUUGGAGUCAGAGCAGUUUUCAGAAUUAAAAAGCCGUGAUUAAUCUGCAGCCACCUCAGUGUUGUCUACAUUAAAUGACCGUUGUUAGAAUGGUCUGCAGAACUCGUUUGUAAAAAGUAACCUGGUACUUAGGCCAUAUCAUAUUCCUUUGGGCAGCAUUGAUAGAAAGUGAAAGUUGUUUACCAUUAAUAAGAACUAAAUGGCAGUGUGGUCAACAUGAAUAAACACCUGUUAAUCUUA